UAGAAAAAAAAAGAAUUUCUUGUCGGAAGCAGUAAAUCUACAACAGUCAAAACAGAGAGAAGAGAGAGAGAGAGGAGGGCAAACAUGCGAGCUUAAUUCACGGAAUCGAGACCUUUCUAUGAACCCAAUUUUAUAUUAUCAGCUGGAAUCCGAACUCUGAUAGAGAAAGCACGACGAACACUUUAUACAGACCAACACCUCUUUCUCUCUGUGCUCCCUACUUAAGGCCAACAGGUGUUCUUGAGAGUGUGUGAGCCGUUACAUUUUCUGAGCACAAGUAAGAGAAGAAGAACACUUCACUCGAUUUGUACCUCAGAACGAAAAUGAGUGAAAGACUGAAGCUAAUCCUCUGGAUUUGUCUCUCCAUACUUGCCUUUCUCGAUUUUGGUGGGGCGGCAAGCAAGAUAGGAAUCUGUUACGGACGUAACGCAGACAACCUCCCAACUCCUAACAAAGUAUCAGAACUAAUCCAACACCUCAACAUCAAGUUCGUCCGAAUCUACGACGCCAACAUAGACGUCCUCAAAGCCUUUGCGAACACGGGCAUCGAGCUCAUGAUCGGCGUCCCCAACGCCGACCUACUCGCAUUCGCUCAGUUCCAAUCCAACGUCGACACGUGGCUACACAACAACAUCCUUCCUUACUACCCAACCACCAAGAUCACUUCCAUCUCCGUCGGUCUCGAAGUAACCGAAGCUCCAGACAACGCCACUGGUCUCCUCUUACCCGCAAUGCGCAACAUCCACACGGCUCUGAAGAAGUCCGGUUUGGAUAAAAAGAUCAAGAUCUCGAGCUCGCAUUCCCUCGCUGUCUUGUCACGCUCCUUCCCUCCUUCCUCAGCUACCUUCAGCAAGAAGCACUUACCGUUCUUGAAACCGAUGCUUGAGUUCUUGGUUGAGAACGAGUCUCCCUUUAUGAUCGACUUGUAUCCCUACUACGCUUAUAGAGACUCUUCCGAGAAGGUUCAGCUUGAGUACGCUUUGUUCGAGUCUUCUUCCCAGGUUGUUGAUUCUGCUACUGGUUUGCUUUACUCCAACAUGUUUGAUGCUCAGCUUGACGCUAUCUACUUCGCCUUGACGGCUAUGAACUUCAAGACCGUUAAGGUUAUGGUUACUGAGUCCGGGUGGCCGAGUAGAGGAUCGCCUAAGGAGACGGCUGCUACUCCUGAUAAUGCACUGGCUUACAAUACUAAUCUCAUACGCCAUGUGGUUGGCGAUCCAGGUACUCCUGCUAAGCCUGGGGAGGAGAUUGAUGUGUACUUGUUCUCGUUGUUUAACGAGAACAGGAAGCCUGGGAUAGAGUCUGAGAGAAACUGGGGGAUGUUCUAUGCGAAUGGUACGAGUGUUUACGCGUUAGACUUCACUGGGGAGAGCAGUGUCCCUGUCUCUCCAUCGAAUUCAAGUACAACGAGUCCUGGUCCAAGCUCAAGUCCUGGUAACUCAACUGUGAUCAUUGGAGGAGGAGGAGGAGGAGCUAGGAAAUGGUGUGUUGCUUCAUCGCAAGCUUCAGUGACGGAGCUGCAGACUGCAUUGGACUGGGCUUGCGGUCCUGGGAGUGUUGAUUGUUCUGCUGUUCAACCAGACCAACCUUGCUUUGAGCCAGACACUGUUCUCUCACAUGCGUCUUAUGCGUUCAAUACUUAUUACCAGCAGAGUGGAGCGAACAGCUCAGAUUGCAGCUUUGGAGGAGUCAGUGUUGAAGUUGACAAGGACCCUAGUUAUGGUAACUGUCUGUACAUGAUUGCUCCAUCUACUGAUGGAAUGAACAGAACAAUGGCGGGUAAUAUCACGGGCAACAUAACUGCCAUUGAUUCCCCCAUGGCUUCACCUUCUUCAAGCAGUGACGGAUACAGACAAAUGGUGGUUUCCGUUGCAGUCUCUGUUUUGUUGCCAUUAUUUGUAGUUAGUUUGAGUCUUUGGUGACAGCAUGCAUUGUUUUCUUAUUUUCUGUUAAGUUUUGAGGUGAACUAAACCGUUAUUUAACACAACUUUUGUACCAGUAGUUUCUUAAACCUCUGAACUGGAAAAGACUACCUUGGUGAUGUAUCUGUGUGGUUCAGAUGUAAUCAUUUCAAAUCA